AUAAAACUUAUCGUCGCCAUUGAACUCUAAAACAGAGAAACAACAGCUGUUCUCCCUUCCAUUGUUGUCGUUUGGUAGCGUAUGUCUGAUUUUGUGAAAAAACAAUGAAUUGUUUGUUUAACAUCAACGUUUGUCGUGUUUGCAUGCAAAAUGAAAAAGGAGCCGAUUUAUUAAGUAAUAAAGAUUUGCUGGAGAAGUUUUCAUAUGCAACGCAUCUAACGGUCAGCGAAAAUGAUAAUUUACCCAAAAUAAUAUGCAAUAAAUGUAUUGCCCGCCUAAAAGUAUCCCAUUCAUUUAUAAAACAGGCUCACGAUUCUGAAAAUAACUUAAAGACAUUUCUGGCCAAAAUCAACAAUGAAUUUCAAGAGGUUACAAAGGCAAAGAAUGCCGACACUUCCUCCAGCAAUUACGAGGAUAACGAUGAACAAAUGUUAACAGAAGAAGAAAUUCUAGAGCAUAUAAAUCAAUAUGAUAAUGAUACUGGUAAAACGGAAAAAUCUACUACGUCCACAACAAAAUCGAAAGAUCAUUCCAAACAAACGAUUUCUAACAGAAGAAAAGGAACAUCAGCUGAGAAACAUCAAAAUGAUAAGCAAACAAGUGUUAGCUUGGAUACUAAAGCCCUUGCGGACUCCAAAAAAUAUGAAAAAGAGAAAGAAUUGAAAAAAUCAAUUUUACUUCCCGCACAAUCAAAAUCGUCAUUUAGUUUCAACAACCAUGAAGAAACUGCAUCAACCUUAAAGCUGGAUAAUAUUAAAAAUGAUACGCAAAUAUUGGAUAAUGAUGAUGUGGAGGAACAUGAAAUCCACAUAUUGGAGCCAGAAACCCACAUAUCAGAGCAUGAAACCUCAAUUUCGGAGGAAAAUGAAGAGGAACAAAUGGAAGAAAAUUUGUUGACGACUCUGCAUGAGCAAAUAAACAACAAUUCAGAAGAUGAAUCUCAUGUAAUCAAUGCACCCGAUAUUGAUAAUGCAUUGGAUGAACUUAAUGGGCAAGAGGAACAUAAUUUUUCCGAUGCUGAUAUAAAUGAUGAAAAUGUCCCACCUGAAGACACAGAGGAAGAAAAUCAGCAAAAUUUUACAAUUAAUGACGAAAGUUCAUCGAUAGAAUUUAGUGUAUUGGGAAUAGAAGAAACACAUAACCCGCAAACAAUUCAACAAAAUAUCAAUGCAGAAGAGGACAAUGAAGAGGCUGCUGCUGAUGAAUAUUUAGGACAGUAUAAGACAAUGCUUGACAAUCAAGAUGCCGAAUUGCGGUACAAUACAGAUGAACACUACACUGAAGAAAAUUCUGUUGAGAAUUCAAAAAUUAAUGAAAAUAUAAAUUACACAAGUAAAACUCAUCCAGAUCAAAGCAAUGAAAUAACCGAAUUUAAUAACAGCGAUAAUGUUGAUAUGAAACACAAUGUCAUAAAUGAUGCAGAUGGUGAUCAUAAUCAUGACAAUUCCGAUAUGUACGCCAACUAUAUGGAUGUUGAUUAUGAUCGAGUUACGGCAACAUCAUCUUCGAUAGGAAAGGUCAAAACAACUACAACCAUUCAGCGAAAAGUCCACCGUUUCUAUUGUCAACAAUGUGAUCGUGAUUUUAGUACAAAAACAAAUCUCAAUCGUCAUAUGCAAUCGCAUGAGGGCAAGAAACCCCAUGUCUGCCCACAUUGUUCGAAAAGUUUUACACAAAAAUCCACACUGAAACAACAUAUUUUUACUCAUACCGGCGAGAAACCAUAUAUAUGUGAAUAUUGUGAUCGUGGAUUUACCCAAUGUAAAAGUCUAAUAUUCCACACGAGACGACAUACCGGAUAUAAACCGUUUCAAUGUGAAUUUUGUUUGAUGACGUUCCGUCAGAAGGAUGCUUUGAGGUUGCACAUCUUAAAAUAUCACGUUCUCGUUGAACAAACAGCUGAUGGCACUGAAACACAUACCUGUAUCAUUUGCCAAAAGAAAUUCUUUUCCAAAGAUGAUUUUAAAAUACACAUGAAAAUUCAUACCGUAACGGAAACCGAAAAUAUGUAUGAACGGAUGAUUGUGCAGCAUGACGAGGAGUAUAUCAAUGCCACGGUGACCGAUACCUCAGCAUCGUCGGCGUCUGAACCAGGAAAAGCGAAAAAGUUCCAGUGCCGUAGUUGUUUUAAAUGUUUUGCUUUAAAAAAAAGUCUAUUGCGCCACAUGACCAUCCACAGUGAAUUUGUUGAUAAUUUGGAAGUCUACAACGAAGAAGAUUUAUCAUCUGACCACCAUCAGUUUGCAUGCUCUGCAUGUCCUGAUUUAAUUUUUAAAUCAAUUGAAGAUUUAAAAGUGCACAUGCUUGAACAUGAUAUAAAACAAGAUUCGCAAAAAAUGGCAUUGGAAUUGUGUCGUUUGUGUGGAAAUAAUCAGAAUCUCAUAAGGAUCUUGGAUAGGGGACCCGAAAUGUUGGAAAAACUAAAGAAGUGUGCUAACAUUGAAAUUAAAUCUGAUGAUAUUCUGCCAAAGUUGAUAUGCCUGCAAUGUGAUAACACUUUGGAAAUGUCCAUGCUGUUGAGGAAACAAAGCGAAGAAAUGCAAGAGCGUCUGAAGGGCGAACUACAAAAGACACAGUCAGUGGCGUUGAGCAGAAAAAUUGUGGACAAACAUCAGAACGAAGAUGUGCAAUAUAUUUCCGAUGAUGAACCCACGCUGGAUAUAAAAGUGAAGGUAUCCGAUGAAAGUGAGGCAAUUCUGCCCAUAGAGGUUGAUGUUGAGGUCUUGGAUACACGCAGCGAAUCAACAAUUGUGGCUUCAGAAACUGAAGAUGCAGUUGAUUAUGACUUUCAUAUACCCUCCAUUACAAUAGGCGACAGGCUACAUGCUGGAAAACAAAUUUUGCCUCCACCACCCCAUCUGCGAUCCAAAAGUGUGUCAGUAGAUGAUAUUGAAUCCAGCGAAAGCUAUAAUUCAUUAAACAGAAAAGUCAGCAUACAAAGCUAUGAGGAUGACGAUAAUGAUGAAGAUAAUCAUAAACCCGAGUAUGAUAUAAUCGAAGUUACCAAAAAUGAGUUCCAUAACUCUGAUUCCUGUUCAAGUCUUUUGCAACCCCAAGAAUCGUUCAGUAUAGAUGCGAUGUCGAUUAAUUCGAACAAUGAACCCUUACAGACAUCUGAUGGUGAUUAUGUACCACCGUCACGCGGUUCGACAGUCUACACCUGUGUUACCUGCAAUGAAGUGUUCACACGCAAAAAAGCCUAUGCAGAACAUAUUCUACAGCAUGGAACCAAUCGUUAUCAGUGUAUACAAUGUUUGGCAGAGUUCCCAACACGUUAUCGUUUGAUACGACACGAAACCACUCACACCGAAGGUCAAACGUAUAAAUGUCUUCUCUGUAGUCGCGAGUAUCGUGCUGGUUAUAAUCUCCAGAGGCAUAUCGUGGCAUGUCACUCGGAAAAGAAUCAAUUUGAGUGUAAUAUCUGCCACUUGAGUUUUGCUCGUCAGGAUGUUUUAAAGCGUCACCGAGAUCAAAUUCAUUUGAACAUCAACAAGAAAUGGCACUGUAAAAAGUGCGGUAAAAGCUUUCGUGCCCAAUAUCUGUUCAACUCUCACAAAAAUCAAAAUACCUGCUCACCCGAGCCCUUACCGAAGAAAAAAAUUGCUAAAGGCAAAAAACAUUCUCGUUCGGGUAAAGCCGAAGACGAAUACAUUGAACAGUGUCCGGAUGACAAAUAUAAAUGCAUAAUAUGUAAUAUGAAAUUUAAAUGUAUAUGGAAUUGUAGAAACCACAUCCAGACACACAGCGAUACCAAACCAUAUCCCUGUAGUACAUGUCCGAAACAUUUUCGUACCCGAUACGCUCUCAUCAACCAUGAACGUAUUCAUAGUAAUGAAAAACCAUUCGUUUGUGAUAUCUGCAUGAAACCUUUUCGCCAAGUAACACAUAUGCGACAUCAUCGUAUGCUUCAUACGCGUGAUAAUCUGCCGGUCAAGUGUAAAGAGUGUCAUCAAGGAUUUGUGACAAAAUGGAAGUUGAGGGAACAUUUGCGUCGGGAACAUUGUACGGUCAAGGCAUUUAAAUGUGCCGAAUGUCCGGAGGAGUUCUAUUUGAAAUAUGAUUUAAAACGACAUGCUCGUUUGGUGCAUUUGAGAUCGGUGGAAAUCGCCGAAUCGGAUAAUGAGGGUGUAAAGAAUGAUACCUACGUACCGGAUGGGACUUCUGAUUCUGAAAUAUAUCAAUAUAUUCAAACUGAAGAGGAUAAUGAUGAUCAUUAUGCGGAUAUUGACACGUUAUUUAAUGCAACGGAUAGUAAUGUCACAAAUGUCGAUACAAAUCAGCGGAAUCAUACUGCGAAUGUGGUGGGUGAAGGAGCACCCUAUAAUCCUAUCAAUUUUAUAAAUGACAACGAAGUCGCUGAUGUUGUUGAAAAUACAGUUUUAAUUGUCCCAGAGGCAAACUCGAAUCCGGAACAAGAUACAACAACAAAUUUAUAUGCCCCAGAAAUAGAGCAUCAUACAACUAUCAAUUUCAUAAAUGAUCAUGAUAUUAUUGAUAUAGAUGAGGUUCAAGAGAACAAUGUUCACGAUGUUGAUGACGAUGUACAAAUAAUUGAAGAUUCCAUAACACAGACGUCUCAAAAUCCCCCACAUCUGGAUGGGGAAAUAAAUGCACCCGAUUCUCCUUUAUUUAUAUUGAAUGAUCUAGAAUCGCCACCACCCUCACCACAAACAUCAAACCAAACACUGCAACAAGAAAGCGAAAAUCAGGUGAUAAAUAAUGUGUCGUAUAUGGAUUGCAUACAAUUGGAUUCAUCGAAUUCUUGUAAAUCGCCACCGGACGAAAUUGUGGACAACGAUUUCAUUGAGGAGGAAAUUCAUAUAACCGAAGAAACAUACACCACAAGUACAAGAUAUUUCAAUAGCAACGAUGUUGUACAGCAGCAGUCAUAAGCAAAGGUUUUCAAUAAACAUAAAUAAAGUGAAAUAAAAAUAAAUUUAAAGUACACUACAAACACCACCACUAA